UCAAAACAAACAAAAUAAAUAUUCGUAAAAAAUAAUUUUACUUGAAAUUAAACAUUCAAUUAAAUGUAAAAUGUGUUAAAAAUCAUUAAUUUGUGAUACUUAUUUGUUAGAAUUCAAAAAGAAUCUUCAACAUUCUAGAAAAGUAUUUCAAAACAGGUCAGAGAUAAUCGCUCAAGAGGUCAAAGUACUUGUCAAUGAAAUAAUAUGGACGACAAACAUCACAAAGCACGAAAUGCUCAUCAUUUGCCGUGGUGGACCUUUUUCCUAGUACUUGGAACAAUUGGACUGUCAUCAUUGAUUUCAGAUUUUUUGUUCAAUUCACACUUUCCAAAGGCUUUAAAUGAUGAAUUUGAACAUCCCGACAAAUUUCUCGGAGGAAAAGCUUUUAAAUUCUUGGAUGGCCUCACAAAACACGUUCGUGUCACUGGCACCUAUGAAAAUGAGGUUUUUGGCUACGAAUACCUCCUAAACGAAGUGAAAAAGAUUCAGAGUGACUCGCAUGCUUCACAAUUGAUUGAAAUUGACCAUCAAGUUGUCAGCGGAUCAUAUCAAAUCAAUUUUUGGAGUUAUGAUUUGGCAAACGUCUAUCGCAAUGUGCAAAAUUUGGUCGUCCGUUUGCAUGGAAGUGCAAAAACUAGUGAUAGUUUAAUGUUUAAUUGUCAUUUUGAUUCAGUGCCCGGCAGCCCAGGUGCUUCAGAUGAUGCCGCUAAUUGUGCCAUCAUGAUGGAAGUACUACGAGUUUUAUCGCGAGCUCCUCAACGACUCAAAUAUUCCAUUAUUUUCCUGUUCAACGGUGCCGAAGAGACACCACUUCAAGCAUCACACGGAUUUAUCACGCAACACAAAUGGGCCAAAGAUAUCAAAACGUUUGUCAAUUUGGAAUCUUGCGGAUCUGGUGGCAAGGAAAUGCUCUUUCAAGCUGGCCCGAAUCGGAAUCAAUGGUUAAUAAAGAUGUACUCGCAUGUCCCUCAUCCAUCAGCACAAGUAGCAGCCGAGGAGAUUUUCCAGAGUGGCAUUAUUCCCAGUGACACGGAUUUCCGUAUUUUUCGUGAUUUUGGGCAUGUACCUGGACUGGAUUUUGCUCACAAUCGCAAUGGAUAUCGGUAUCACACAAAAUACGACAACAUCAACUUCCUAACACCCGAAUUUUUGCAACGGACGGGCGACAACGCACUAGUUCUAGCUCGUGUAAUCGCCAAUUCCGAUGAGUUGCCAAGAGCAAAGGAACUUUCUGCCGGCAAUACUGUUUAUUUUGACAUUCUUGGACUGGUAUUCGUGUAUUUUUCAGCCGAUUUUGGAGCAAUGUUGAACAUAGCUUUAUGUAUUGUAGCCGUUGUUGUUCCCUUUUUGUCCUGGUCGAGAGUAACCAGAGCGUCUCACAUGAAAUAUCUCCUCCGAUCAACCAUGUUUGGAUGUCUUUUCUUCGUCAUUUCAAUGUUGGUUGCGUUCAUUUGCUGUUUUCAUGUGGUGGCUCCGUUCCUCGAUAAAACAGGUCAUUCCAUGAGUUGGUACGGAACUCCCAUAUUUGCUACAAUCAUUUACGGAUCCGUUAGUUUGGCAGUUAUGUUGGCUACUUACGACAUUCUUCACGGCAUUGUUGCCUCAACUUUCUAUUCACCCAUCAGUUUGGGUUUAACAGUCCAAACUUACCUCAAUGGCGUUAAUAUUGUUUGGUCAACGCUAAUUUGGCUCUCAUUGCAUUUUGGAUAUCGCUUUGGAUAUGGAGUUGCUUUUGGACUUUUCAUCACUUUAGUCACCAAUACAACCAUUAUUUUGACUAAAAAGGUAAAUUCGUUACGAGCUUGGGUGAUCUUGCACUUUUUGGGACAAAUUUUUGUCGUUAUUUGGACGACUUUCAUCGUAAACAUGGUUGUUGGAGCUUUCAUCAGCAUUUUAGGUCGCAUGGGCGGUGACAAGAACCCGGACCAGCUAAUUGGAUGCCUCAUUUGUGCAGGAACAAUUCUCGUUUGCAGUUAUUUGUUGCCUCUGGUGUUGCUGUUAAGAGGUCGUUUCAAGUAUUACAUGAUCUUGCUCGGAGUUUGCUUUGUCACAGUUGCGAUUAUUACAAGCACAGGCGUUGGAUUCCCCUAUAAGGCUCCAUCGCAUGACUCGGAACCACGAGUCCAACGACACUACGUCACACACACUUUACGCACCUUUUAUGACCAAGGUGGACACAUUCGUCACACAGAUUCCGGUUACUUUUUCCGUGUUAUCGACCGAAACACGCACCGAACGUUGAAAAAUGUCCUACAAACGUCGAAAUUAAUUGACCAAUUGGAUCCGGAAUUUUGUCGAAAUGAAACUUACUGCGGCAUCCCAACUUAUCACGUUCGCCAAAUUGACGGAGGAGGUUAUUGGUUGCCCGGACCGCGUCCCACUCUGACACACGUCAAUCGUUUGCAACAAAAUUCCGUGAAUCGUCUCAGCCCGACUGAGAGAGUUUAUAAUUUUACAUUGACCGAAAAUGUUUGCAGUGUCAUGGUAAUACGACCAAACAAAGAAGCCGGCAUUGAACUCACGGAUUGGGAUUUGACACCAGUUAAUCCGCAAAAACCUUUGUCACAAGCGAGUGAAAUGAGAAAAGGAUUAGGAUUUCCGGUUUUAAUUCAACAUGGACUAAAGGAUCGACCAAAAUUGAGUUUUACACUAAAAUUGACGGCAAAUGAACCAUUCGACGGAGCAUGGUUGGAUAUCUUGCUCGUGACACAUCAUUGGGAAUACUCCAAAGAAUUCACUCCGGAAUACAAAAAACUUUUGCAAAUGUUCCCGGAUUGGGCUUAUACUGUAUCUAACGUUGCGAAUGUCGAUGGUUACAAAUUUUAAAUAAUUAAAGUUGACGAUUUAUGAUUAA